AACGUUUCAUUCACUUCUCCUAAAAUGAAAUACAGAGACAGUUGCACUCAUUCUCUCACUUUCUGGGAAGAUUGAUUGUUGGUCAGCAGAAUACAGCUUCUCUUCUUCACGUCACUUUCUCUCUCUUAAGAUUCUCAUCUUAAUAAAGCUUUCUACUUUCUUUUUUUUUUUGGUAAGGAAAUAAUAAAGCUUUCAACUUUGAAUGGCUCUUCUUCCUUCUUACAAUACUAUAUUUUCUUCAAUUUUUGCACAUUUUUAUUAGUUUUUUGUGUAUAAUUAAAUAAAUAAGAGUAACCCAUUUCUCCCCAUCUUACCUCAUAAUAAGUCUUUUUCUUCAUUUAGACUUGUUUGCUAGUCUUCAUUCAACAUUCUCGUCUACAGUUUGGUGUUCUUAUUAUAUUUGUUUGUACAAUCAAUUCAAUUUUCUUCCUUUUUCAAUUCUUGUAGUAUAAUCUUAUGUUCAACAGGUUUACUUGUUCAAUGUUCUAUAUGUUUCUUUUACUGGGUCAUUUUCAUAUCUAUCUUUAGAUUUUUUCCUCUUCUAGGAAUAUAUACUUGGUCUAGGGUUUUGGGUUAGAAAAAGGUGGGCUAUUUUUUAGAUUUUUCAAUCAAAAAGAUUGAAUUUUUAGCUAUUUAUGCUUGUACCCAGAAUUUUUCUUCUUUAGUAUGGCUUUCCUGGAAGAUUCCCAUAAUGGGCUUUGAUGAAUUAGUUUGACAAAAAAAUUGGUAGUUUUUUUUAGGGGGAAGGGGGUUAGUGAGAUGUUAGGUGCUGGGGAGGAAGAGAGGAAAGCCAAUGCUCGGAGAACUUAUCUAAGAUCAGUUUCAUGGACUGAUAGAUCACCUAAUAAACCUAACCCUUCUUACCCUAGAGCUCAACCGAGUUCGAAAGCUCGAUCUUGCUUGCCGCCUCUUCAACCUCUUUCGAUUUCGAGGCGAAAUGUGGAGGAGUGGCCUAAGGCAGGAUCAGAUGAUCUAGGGGUUUGGCCUCAGCCUACAACCCCUGGAGGAAGAAGUGAUGGUUGGUUGAGGGAAAAACCGAGUGGGAGCACAAAAUUAGAUGUGCCUGGUAGAGAGUUUGAGUCUAAUAAAGAUAGGCUCGCCUUUUAUGAGAAGGAAUGCUCAAGGAUAUUGGAGCAUAUAUACUUGGGGAGUGAAGCUGUAGCGAAAAAUCGUGAGAUUUUGAGGCAACAUGAGAUAACUCAUGUGCUCAAUUGUGUUGGGUUUGUUUGCCCUGAGUUCUUCAAAGGUGAUCUUGUGUACAAGACACUUUGGUUGCAGGAUAGACCGUCGGAGGACAUAACUAGUAUCCUCUAUGAUGUAUUUGAUUAUUUCGAGGAUGUUAGGGAACAAGGCGGACGAGUUUUGGUCCAUUGUUGCCAAGGUGUGUCUCGAUCAACCUCCCUGGUCAUUGCAUACCUUAUGUGGAAGCGACGACAAAGCUUUGACGAUGCAUUUCAGUAUGUCAAGGCAGCUCGAGGAGUGACGAAUCCCAACAUGGGGUUUGCUUGUCAGCUUCUUCAGUGUCAAAAGAGAGUUCAUGCCAUGCCUGUCAGUCCUAAUUCUAUGUUGAGGAUGUACAGAAUGGCUCCUCACUCUCCAUACGAUCCACUUCAUCUUGUACCCAAGAUGGUGCACCAUCCUAGUAAACUUGGGCUCGACUCUCGUGGGGCAUUUGUCAUUCAUAUCCCAUCAGCUAUAUAUAUCUGGAUUGGAAAGUACUGCAGUUCAGUGAUGUCAAACAACGCCCGUGUGGCUGCUCAGCAAGUUAUUAAAUAUGAGAGGGCACAAGGACCUAUUUUGACAAUAAAGGAGGGUAAAGAGCCGCCUGAGUUUUGGGAUACUCUUUCUAGUGGAGAAAUUCUAAAAGAGGUUUCUGAAGUGUUAGAGACUAUAGAGGAUAAGCCUUCUGCUAGUGGAAGGAUUACUGAUCUUGGGACCAGGAAAGUUGAUGAAUAUGAUCAGGAUUUUGAGAUCUUCCACAAGGCACUUACUGGCGGGGUCGUUCCCCCUUUUACAUCGUCGGGUUCUGCAUCCGAGACCCGUCUUCCUGCUCUAGAAAACGGUUGGAGUAGAUUAAGAAAGAAAUUCGAGAAUGGUAUUAUGAAGGGAUUUCUCUUGUCACCUAUUACUGUUCCGAAUACUCGAUUCAGUCACGAAUGUGAACAGAUAAUCGACACUCGACUUAUAGAAGAACCGAUUUCUCCCACUGCUCACUUGCUGCAGUGUACCCCUGAUUCUAACUUAUCCAAAGCUAGCUUACCCGUUAAAGAUGGUAGUAAUGAAGAGUGUGCCAAGUAUCAAGCUGAUUCGACGUUCUUAUUACCUAGUCCUUGUAGCUCACCAGACUCUUUAUCUCCUUAUCCAGAAAACAGUCCUGCAUUCAAUUCUAAAUCCCCUUCUCUUUCCCCUUCAACUUCAGAAUAUUCUAGCCCUUUUACCUUUUCGCCUUCCUCUUCAAAUUGGUCUGAUUCGACCAACGCCUCCUCUCAACCUUCACCCUCGGGGGUGGAAUUUUCUGAUCACAUGUGUACUAGAAAUCCCACCUCUCCCAAAACUGAUUGUCUACUUAAGAAAGGGACUUCAGGAUCAUGUAUGGAUGCAUUUUCUGCUAUAACCGAUUGGAAAUCCAUGAAUUUCUGUUCCUCUUGUAGAGGAAAUUCUCCUUCAAUAGCGGAACGCAGGGGAAGCAGUCCACCUACGUUGAUGUUACGGCCUACAACUGAUUCGAAUCGUGCUACCAAUACCUUGGUUAGAUCAUGGUCCUUUUCUCUUCCAGGCUUGGGCGAUGAGAUCAGUACUGAAAUCGAGAACAUGGAGCCAGAACAUGGGACAAAUGCUGAAUCAAAUACUGAUGAGCUAAUGUCAGAAGCAGAUCAGUAGAGAUAAAAGGCGAAGAACGUCUGAACAUGGGUCCUAACUUGAAGCUCUUACUCUAAUGUUAGAAGUUUCGGCAUCCCUUGCAAUGCCAUAACCUCGAUCCUUGCUUUUUAGACGAUGUUAAGAUAAAUCUGAAUUCUCGUACGUCUGUAGAAUAUAUAUAUAUAUUUAUAUAUGUAUAUGUAUAUAAGAGAUACGCUCCUUGUUGUAUACUGAAACGAUUGGCAAAUCAAAGCCACAGUGCAAUAAGAGAACACUUUUUGCUUUGUU